UAGACUUGAUGGAGGAAGAAGUGAAAAAGGGAAAUAGGCAUACAACUAUAUUUGCUAGAUCCUCUUGGAAAUUCAUGGAGCAUGAGUUGAAAAAAGAAGACGGCGAGAGAAUACACUCAUGACCAAAUGAAAAAUAAGUUCAACCAAUUGAGACAAAGAUGAAGAAAUUUGAAAAGCCUAUUGACGUAUAUGACAGUUGAGUAUACUGCGAGCACCGGUCAAAUAUCUGCAAUGGAAGAUGUGUGGACUAAGUUGUAUGCGACGCACAAGUAUGCAAGAUAUUUUAGAAGGAAGGGUUGCAAAGGUUAUGACAAGUUGUGCAUCAUUUUUGGUGAUACAACUGCUACUGGUAAUCAUGCUCCUUUCUCUACUAAAAGUCCUACCAUUAGUGAAGAUGAUAAGGAAGAAGAAGAUGAAGAUGAGGAAGAUGUUGAGUCAUCUCGAGCUAAGAAAAAAACAAAAGUGGCAAACAAACGUGUACUGUUGAACCAGCAAAUCCAAUUAGCAAUAGUUGAAGCUUUAACCUCGAUGGGAGAAAACUCUAGGAAGAAAAUGGAGUGGAGGGAGAGGAAAAUGAGUUCGGCUACUGCAGAUAGUCAUGUUAGUGGAGGGAGAGGAAGAAGCUCUGAGGAAGAACAAGGCUUGGUUCACUGCAUCACUGCACUUAGUGCUCUUCCUGAUGUUGACUCAUCUCAGUUUUUCAAGGCUGCACAUAUUUUGCAUGAUGAUGCAUAAUGGAGAACCAUGUUUUUAACCAUGCCUAGUGAGAGAAAGAAGGAUUGUGUGUUAAAUCUACCUUGAUGUUGUUUGUGUUUGUUUUGAAGAAAUUUGUAUUUGUUUAUGUUGUGUUUGUUUCUAUUAGGCCAAGGACCUUUGUGUGUUUCUAUAUGUUUGAUUCUAGUAGGUCGAGGACUUUUGUGUGUGUUUCAAUUAUGCUUGUGUCAUAGUAGAUUGAAGACUUUUGGAUGUAUUUGUGUUAGUUUGUGAACCUAUAUAUUUUAUUUCCAUAACGUUGUUGGUAUUAUACUUG